GGCGUUCUGAAAAAUCAAAAAUGUUUUUGAAGUCUGGCUGGAAGUGAUGUUUUGGUUUUAUUGCUGAAAUCACUACAGUUUCAAAUCAAGUAAAUUUUUAGUACGUGUUUAAGACGUUGCAUAAUAAAAAUGGCCGAUCCCUUCGCCUCCGCCUUCGAACCAUCGUUUUCAUCACCAGCCCAACCCAACUUCUCCCCCCGGCCCUCCAUCUCGGGCUUCCCCGUGGCGCCCAAUCAGGUCCUGGCCGUGUGGUCCGUCACGGCGCCCGAGAAGGCCAAAUCCGAUCAGAUCUUCCUGACCAUCGACACCGAUCAGGACGGAUUGAUCAACGGCGGGGAAUGCAAGGGUAUCUUCCUGCAGUCCGGACUCCCCCCACCCAUGCUGGCCCACAUCUGGACGCUGUGCGACAUUAAAAAGAACGGGAUGCUGAACGCCGAGCAGUUCGCCCUGGCCUUCCAUCUCAUCCACCAGAAAGUCAAGUCCAACACGGACCCCCCGACGGCCCUGUCCCCCGACCUGGUACCCCCCUCCAUGCGCCAGUACUCCACGCAGUUCCCCGUUCCGGGCGUCACGGGCCCGCUGGAGGACAGUGAGGAAGGCGGGGAUGAGGAUUUGAAGAAGGAGAUUAAGGCGCUGGAGGAGGAGAUUAAGGGCAUCCGGGCCGAUAGGGCGCAGCUGGUGCAGGAUGUGGAAAGUCGCAAAGCAGAAGUCUUGGGACGUCAGACGGAGCUGCAGAACAUGACGAAAGAGCUGGAGCAACUACAAACCGCCGCCAAACAGCUGGACUUCCAGCGCGGGGAAGCGCAGAAGCGGCUGGACGACCUGGACGCCCAGAAACUCCGUCUGCAGUCCACCCACACCGCGCUGACUGCCGAAAUCCAAGCGGAACGUGAGAAAACCCGCGAACUGCGCGGGGAGAUUGAGCGCCGGCAGCGCGGGCAAAAGGACGAAGAACUGGAAGCCAGUCAGAAGAAGGCGGAGUUGGAGCGGCUGAAACGGGAGGAAGCGACGCUGGCGCAGAAACUAGACCACCAACGGGCGCAGAUGGCCAGUCUGGAGGUGGCGGUACGCGAGGGUGACGGGCGGAUCGGGCAGAUUGAGGAGCACAUGGCCACACUGGCGGCUAUGAAUGCGUCGCUGCGCGAUGCCAUCACGCAGUUCGACGCCGCGCUGGCCUCCAACGACACCUCCGGCAUCAACCACACCUACCUGCACCGCCCCCUCUCCGACUUCACCUUCAACGCCGGCCUCCUCAACUUCCAGCCCAUCUCCGCCGCGCCGACCUUCCCCGUCAAGACCCCCGUCACCAGCGCCUUCGACGACCCCUUCCGAGGCGAAGACCCCUUCGCCUCGUCGGCCGCCUCAACCACCAUCGUCAGCGAUGAUCCCUGGGGCGCCUCGCCCUUCGGCGCCUUCGCCGCGGACCCCUUUGGGGGCGGGGGCGGCGGUUUCCCCCCGGAAUCCCCGCUGCCGGCCCUCCCCCCGAAGAAGAGCGCGCUGACGCUGGGCGGGGCCGUCAAUAAGCAGCCGCCGCCGCGGCCCGCCCCGCCCAAGGCCGGGAAGAAGGAGGGCAGUAGUCCGGCGCGUGACGCCUUCGAGAGCGAUCCCUGGGGGGCGGGGGGCGGGGCGGACGGGGUGUACGCCUUCCCCGGGUUUGAGCAGCCGCAGGCGUCGUCCUUCGCUACGGAUUUCGAUGAUUUCGGGAAUUACUGUAAUAUUGUUCUUUACGGGAUUUCAAUCGUUAAUCAUCGGCCAUCACAGAAAAUGGAGCAUCAAGAUGAGGUGCCGAGCGACAGCGAGGAAACAUCCACUAACCCGAAAAAGAACCAGAAGCGCAAAUCGGACAACAGCUCCGACACAUCCCCGACUGCAUCACGUCGAGAUACUUCAGCUGAAACAUCUAGUGGUAAGGAGUCUGCCCAGAAGAUGAAGAAAUCCAAUGAACAGAUUUCCACGAACCCUGUCGCCCAGCCGUCCGCCCCGGGAUCCGAUGACGAGGAGAUGCCCGCGCUGCUGGAUCCCUGGCAGAUGCGCGAGCUGGCCCUGGCCGAGCCGAACCGGAUGAAGCAGGAGAUGUCACGGGAGCGUAUGAGCGAGCGCAUCGCCACCCUCCAGGAGAAUGAGGAGGCGGCGCAACGCGAUGCGCUGGCGGACAUGCCCCCCCUGAUGGAGCCGGGGGCGGCGGGGGGCCGGGCGCGGGGCAUUCGGAUUAUCAGCGUGUCCACCGGGUCGGAUGAGGAGGAGGGACCCAACGCGGACGAUCUGCCCGAUCUCCUGUCUCCUGGGGACUCGGAUCGCAUGGAAGUGUCGGACGAUGAAGAUGAGGACGAGGCCCGCGGCGACGCCCAGUCGGACAACCCCAUCCUGUGGCACACCCCCGCCGACCCCCACGAGCUCAUCGCCCCCCUCCCGCCCCUGUCGCCCCGCCAGUCCCUGCCGGCACUGCUGCUGUGGAAAGAGCUCAAUCCUUUCCCCGCCGCGCUGCAGCUGCGCCAGAAACUCGCCUCCCACCGCGAUCUCGUCCAGCGUCUGGGCCUCUACGCCACCCUCGACCAUCAUACCGGCUGUGUGAAUGCGCUGAACUUCAAUCCGGCCGGGACGCUGUUGGCCAGCGGAUCGGACGAUCUGGAGGUGGGCGUGUGGGAUUGGAUGCAGAAGAAGCUCAAGUACUCCUUCCCCUCCGGCCACAACGCCAAUGUCUUCCAGACGAAAUUCUUGCCGUUGAGCAACGAUUCACUGAUUGUGACGGCGUCGCGGGAUGGUGGAGUGCGCUUAGCGGAAUUGUCGAUGGCCGGCGGACGCCCGAAAAUCCGGCAUUUAUGCCGACAUCACGGCGCCUGCCAUAAGAUUGAUGUAAGAGCCGAUGCGCAUUAUCAUAUUCUGACCAGCGGCGAGGACGCCGUGGUGAACUACAUCGACGUGCGGGAAGCCAAGGCCCGUAAAUGCGUCGUGGUGCGGGAUUCUAAGAGCUCCAAAGUGCCGCUGUACUCCAUUAUGUCCAAUCCGCUCAACGCCCACGAAUUCGUCGUGUCCGGCUACGGAAAAUACGUCCGCGCGUAUGAUAUGAGAAAAUUGGACUCGGAUCCGUCCAAAUGCCAGCCGAUACUGAGCCUCUGCCCGCCGCUGCUGCAGCCGAAAAGCAGCGCACUGAGCGUCUCAUCCGCCGUCUACAACUACAACGGAUCCGAAAUUCUGGCCACCUACAAUGACUUCCACAUUUUCCUGUUUAAAAACUGCGCGGACGAAACGGUGGCCACGGUGGAUCUGCAGCACUACGAGGGCCAUCGCAACAACCAGACCGUCAAGGGCGUCAACUUCUACGGCGCCAAGAGCGAGUACGUGGUCAGCGGCAGCGACUGCGGCCGCGUCUUCUUCUGGGACAAGGAGACGGCAAGGAUUGUCCACUAUCUCAUGGCCGAUGAGAUCGGCGCGGUGAAUGUUCUGGAGCCGCAUCCCCGGGAUCCGUAUUUCGCCACCAGCGGACUGGAGCAUACCGCCAAGAUUUGGGCACCUCUCAACGAUGAGCCAGCGAAUUUGGAAGAUCUCAUUCCCAUUAUCGAUAAGAACAGCAACGAGCGGAAACGCGAUGCCCGGGAAAUGGGCAAUCAUUCGGCCCGCGAAGAGCGAUUCUUUAUGAUGCUGAUGAACCAUAUUGCUCGUCGCGCCAACCGUGCCAAUCGCGAUAACAACAACGACAACGAGGAUAACGCUCCGGAGGAAGCGGAGAACGAUUCGGAUGAGAGUGAAGGCGAUGCCGAUGUGCAGGUGGGCCGGGUCCGCUGUGGAACGAACUGACGCUGCGAAUUUUCUUAUGUUUUUUUGGGAAUGAAUCUGGGAUUGUGGGAAUAAUAUCCCAUGCGUUUGAUGAUCGCUGUUUGUGAAAAUUCAUAGAAAAUUGUAAAUCCUUAUUUUGUUGUCGGAAGGGGAUCUGCUGUACAGUACAGAUGCGGAGGAUGAAUUUAUUACUGGUUAAUAAUUGCGUUGAAGGCCGGAUUGUAAAGGCGUUGUAGAGUUUUUCUGAUGUACAAAUUCCCCGAAAUGUGUAGAAUAAUUUUGAGAGAGAAAAUAAAUAGACGGUGGAGAAAAAUAAAAAGAGAAAAAAGAAA